AUGCAAGCAUUAACAGUUCGGGAGUAUGCCAGUUUUGGAAGAAGCGAUGACGUCAUGAUUCCAUUGUUCUGCUAAAAACACGCAAAAAUAGGAAAAAAUAAUCGCAAGAAACAAGGGAGCUUUUUUCAAAGCCUGUUCCAGGUCUCCUCAUUCAAUAUUCGGGACUUCCGAGCUAGCAGUACCGAUGAAGAAGCCUUCUCCUUGCUUUUUGAAUGUCAAGGGAAGUUUCCUGCCACAUUUCGGUAGUUAAAAGCGACAGUUUUCGAAUGACCUUCGACGCCGCCGCCGCCAUCUUGACGGGUAUCGAAUGUAAGUACAUGACUUUAUGUUUAGUUUUCAGUAUCUUGCCGAAUUUUUACGAAAUCAAGACUAAUUUUCCUCAAAACUACAACGUGUAAAGUGUGUUCAGGCAAAGUUUCAUCGAUGGCAACAACCUAGUAAAAAUGGCAACCACACAUUGAAAAUUGCCAACGGACAGGAAGGGUUACUGAUAUUGAUGGUUAUGCCUUAGUCUGUCUAUGUAGUUUUAGUUAUAUUCGAUCAGGUCUGUUUUUGGUCGUGUUCACCGGUAACGUAUGCGACUCUCAGCUAGAAAUCACUUUGUCUAUCCAGAUCAUGUGUGUGGAAUGAGUUUUAAAUCAGUGUGAGUAGGUUCUUAUAUUGAUUUCUUUUGUUUUGAUCAGGAUUUCCGUCAAAAAUGUUGACAAACAUCUGGAGAUAUUACAAACAUGUUGUCGCGUUUGUGCCAAAAAGCUGGGAAAAGGAACCAUGAAGACAAAAUGCUAAAUAUCUUCAGAACGACAUAUUUGUGCUCUGAGGGCAAAAUAUUGCUUUAGGUUCGCCUUAUGUUCCACUGUAAUGCAAAAUUUAAUGUCCAAAUUCAACCCUACCUCAAUAAAAUUAAACAUGUUUUUUUUGUUUCUUUGUAGUGUGGUCACAGGCUUACCUACCACAAAAGCCCCUCCUUUGACCCUUUCAAAAAUGGGUAAGAGGGAAACAGGUUGGAGGGGGGGCUUAUAUACCUUGUGAGUGGAAGCUCACCUUCAAUGACCAUUCAACCAUAGAAGAGACUGUGGCUCUUUAUUCAAGGGGCUUUAACAGGAGAUAGAUGAGGAAGGAGUCAUGGAAGUGGAGGCUUGUGAAGAUUUUCUCUACAUAAUGUUCAAUCCCUCGCGUCAAAUAUUGUUUAUACUUUACAGAUGCCAAAUACAUAAUAUGUUCAGUCCCCGUGCUGUGCAAAAGGUCAAUCUGAAACAUGAAAAAUGCCACACUCUCCCCCAUCAAUCCCUGUGCAUGAGCAAUUAGCCCACAUUUAAUGUCAUAAUAUCGAAUAUGUGUGUAUUUGAAUAAAUCCUAAAUUAUUGAGAUUCUCUUGAUGAAAAAGUAUCUGUGUUAAUGCAUCGUCUUCAACAAAUCAUCCUCCCUAAUAAAUAAUACAUGAGAGACAUCUCACAAGAUAACUAUUGAAAAUCGAUGUCAGCUGCUACUGUCAGUCAUUAUAUCAAUUAAGUUUUGGUUUUUGGUUUUCAUGUCCAAGAAGGUGUUAAAAAAACAAGAUUUUGAGAUAAAAGAGUGUGUAUAAUAUGCGAGCCAGCGAGCCAUGGCAGCAAGUCAUGCAGGUUAGAAUCAAAAACAGUAAUACGGAAAGAAUUAACUGUCAGGACCUAAAAUAAAAUGUUUAUUUACAAAAAACAAAAUGUAACAAUAAAUAACUUUUAUUGUAUCUUUACUCUGAUGUGUGAGCUUUGUUUUCUUGAAAGUGCUGUUCAAUAGAAACAUGAAGAACCGGCUAUGAAAAAGAACUUUGGAAAACUUAUGUUGUGUCCAUGCCAAGUGCAGUAAUCAUUAUUAUUUUGGGCCAAACCUUGUCUAAUAGAAUUGUUUGAGGGUCCCCACAGAGAAGACCUGGAGAAAAGUGCUCCUCAAAGUUACAAUGCCUUUGGUUUAAAGGCAACCCAGAGUUAAAGACAAUAAUUUAGUAUUAUUCGGAUGUAACAUCAAAUCCCAUACAAGAGGAUAUUUUAUAACAAACCAUAACCCUGUUGAUCUCUAACCUCUGGUCAAAUCCGGUGGACUACAAGACUAUAGUGUCCCAUUUUAAUCAACAGAUCCAAAAGCAUAUAACAAGCAUAAUUCUUAGUUUUCCAAUAUGUAUAUUAAAUUCUAAAGAGCCUCUUGCAUUUGUUAAGCUUAACCAAAUAAUCAGUGAACUUCAGAAAGUGGAAUAUUGGAAAACAAUAGGUUUUUUUGAAGCGGGACAAAAAAAAAUGAUCAGGGAUGAUAAGUAAGAUUUUCACUUUGUGGGUUUUCAAGAAGAAAAUGCGGGCACAAUACCCUCAGAAAUCCCUUGUAAACCUGUUGUAUAUCUGGACGGAACCGCGUCAAGACAUAAACCAACAGAACAUCAUAUUCGAAAAAACAGAUAUUUUACUCACAAAUGACUCGCUUGCACCAAAACAAUAACCUGAAUUACAGCCGUCUUCUCCGGCAAGUCGCUCACUCGCGGGAGAGAAACAGAAGCAACGAGAAAAAUUAAUUAACACUUACUGUAAAAGCAAACAUAAGGAAAUGAAUUAUAGAACAACUCACUUUUUAGUUGUUUCCAAAGCAUUCUUUCUUCCUUAUGAUAUAAAAAAAUAAUGAAAUAAAUAGGCACAAACUUGUUAGCGUGCUUACCUAUUUUCGAUGUACUGAUUACAUACGCAGUUAGUACGCAGUGCCUACUAAGCGCGCGAUAAACGAAGAACUAUAGCGCAAGAAUGGUUAUUCCCUGUCCUCAAGGUACUUCCCAAUUCAUAGUAACGAAAAGACAAAUAAAAGGCUCGAUAAAACAAGAAUAAACGAGAAUUUUGGUCAAUACUCUUUCCUCUCCUCUCCCUUGUCCGCCAUUUUGUAUGUUUUGAAAAUGACCAUCGCCAUGGUGAUCAUGUUAUGGUUGGUGACGUAGACCAUUGUUUUCGCUUCUUCCAAAACUGGCAUACUCCCGAACUGAUUAAGGAAAAAAUCAAUGCAGGACCCCUUUCUGACACAAAUUCAAAAGGCAAAAGAUGCAAGCAAUUGCAACACAUUAUGAAAACAUUCAAAUCAAUUGUGAUAGCCUAUUCUGCCUGCUUUUUUAUUUUUUGCGUUUAUUUGAUUUUAAAGUUGACUUUCCCUGCAAUUUUCAUCAAGUAUAAAUGUAAGUGGAUUCUCGGCUUUUCCUAUUUUGUUCUUCCGUUGCUCAGCACAGCAAUGAACCCAGUCAUUCUUUUCUGUUUUAGUUCCAAUUUCCGUCACGCCUUGCAAACCUUGUGGCCAUUUCGGCGA